AUGCAAGUGAGGAACAAAGUAGCAAAGCUGGCAACCACACUGGGUUGGAGGUUUGCUGCCAGCAAUGGCAGCACCCUUGCCACUAAUGAUCUGGAAAGAAAUGGUGAUGCAAAAGUUCAAGAUUCAGAGCCUCCAACACCACAUUCUAUUAUAAAAAUGGGUUCAAGGGAUCGUAGUAGCAUGGAGGAUGCAGAUGGGACAUUGGCAAGUGUUGCUCAAUGCAUUGAGCAGCUGCGUCAAAGUUCCUCAUCUGUACAAGAGAAGGAAUAUUCGUUGAAGCAGUUGCUUGAGCUUAUUGAUACUCGUGAAAAUGCUUUCAGUGCUGUUGGAUCUCACUCUCAAGCAGUUCCAGUACUUGUUUCUCUUCUUCGAUCAGGUUCAGUUGGAGUUAAGAUACAAGCUGCUACUGUUUUAGGCUCUCUCUGUAAGGAGAAUGAACUAAGGGUGAAGGUCUUGCUUGGAGGAUGUAUUCCACCAUUGCUUGGUCUACUCAGGUCCAGCUCGGCAGAAGGGCAAAUUGCAGCUGCAAAAACAAUUUAUGCUGUUUCUCAAGGUGGUGCUAGGGAUCAUGUUGGAUCAAAAAUAUUUUCAACUGAAGGAGUUGUGCCAGUGCUUUGGGAGCAGCUGCAAAAAGGGAUCAAGACUGGUAGCUUGGUUGAUAGCUUGUUGACUGGAGCAUUAAAGAACCUAUCCAGCAGCACGGAGGGAUUCUGGACUGCAACCUUUCAAGCUGGAGGAGUGGAUGCACUUGUGAAGUUGCUUUCGACUGGACAGCCAAACACUCAAGCUAACGUGUGCUUUCUUCUUGCAUGUAUGAUGAUGGAAGAUGCAUCUGUUUGUUCUAAGGUGCUGGCUUCAGAGGCUACAAAGCAACUUCUCAAGCUUUUGGGGUCUGGCAAUGAAGCUUGUGUUAGAGCAGAAGCAGCAGGUGCUCUAAAAUCUCUUUCUUCCCAGUGCAAAGAAGCAAGGCGGGAAAUAGCUAAUUUCAAUGGUAUUCCUGUGUUGAUAAAUGCUACAAUAGCCCCUUCAAAAGAAUUCAUGCAGGGCGAGUAUGCCCAAGCGUUGCAGGAGAAUGCUAUGUGUGCUUUAGCAAAUAUUUCUGGUGGUUUGUCAUAUGUGAUCUCAAGCCUUGGUCAAAGCCUUGAAUCUUGCUCUUCACCUGCCCAAAUUGCUGAUACAUUAGGGGCUUUAGCUUCAGCUCUUAUGAUAUAUGAUAGUACAGCAGAAUCUAAUAGAGCAUCAGAUCCUGUGGUUAUUGAGCAGACUUUGGUUUCACAAUUCAAACCUCGUUUACCAUUUCUUGUUCAGGAAAGAACCAUAGAGGCCCUUGCAAGUUUGUAUGGGAAUUCCGUACUCUCAACUAAACUCUCUAAUUCAGAAGCAAAACGUUUGCUUGUUGGUUUGAUCACAAUGGCUACAAAUGAAGUUCAGGAUGAGCUUAUGAGAGCUCUUCUUACACUUUGCAAUAGUGAAGAAAGUCUCUGGCGUGCGCUUCAAGGCCGUGAAGGGGUUCAGCUGUUGAUAUCACUUCUUGGGCUUUCAUCAGAACAGCAGCAAGAAUGUGCAGUUGCACUGCUUUGCCUGCUUUCUAAUGAGAAUGACGAAAGUAAAUGGGCUAUUACUGCUGCUGGUGGCAUACCUCCACUGGUUCAGAUUCUAGAGACGGGAUCUGCAAAAGCCAAGGAAGAUUCAGCAUCAAUCCUUAGGAACCUAUGCAAUCACAGUGAAGAUAUACGUGCAUGUGUCGAAAGUGCUGAUGCUGUUCCUGCAUUAUUAUGGCUUCUGAAGAAUGGAAGCCCAAAUGGAAAAGAAAUUGCAGCGAAGACUUUAAAUCAUUUAAUCCAUAAAUCUGAUACAGCAACUAUCAGCCAACUUACUGCAUUAUUAACCAGUGAUCUACCUGAAUCUAAAGUGUAUGUCUUGGAUGCUCUGAAAAGUAUGCUGUCGGUGGUCCCCCUCAAUGAUAUAUCACGUGAAGGUAGUGCUGCUAAUGAUGCAAUUGAGACAAUGAUAAAAAUUUUGAGCUCAACUAAAGAAGAGACUCAAGCCAAGUCUGCAUCAGCUUUAGCUGGAAUCUUUGAAUAUAGGAAGGACUUGCGUGAAAGUAGCAUUGCUGUUAAAACUCUUUGGUCAGCCAUUAAGUUGAUUAGUGUUGAAUCUGUAAGUAUCCUUGCAGAGGCCUCACGUUGCCUUGCAGCAAUAUUUCUUUCAAUUAAAGAGAACCGGGAUGUGGCUGCUGUUGCUCGAGAUGUAUUAUCUCCGUUAGUUGUGCUUGCUAACUCUUCAGUUCUGGAAGUUGCAGAACUAGCAACAUGUGCUUUGGCUAAUCUUAUUUUGGAUAGUGAAGUUUCAGAGAAAGCAGUUGCUGAAGAAAUCAUUUUCCCAGCUACUAGAGUUUUGCGUGAAGGCUCGGUAUCUGGAAAGACCCAUGCAGCAGCAGCAAUUGCUCGCCUGCUCCAUUCUCGUCAAAUUGAUUAUGCUUUAACCGAUUGUGUCAAUCGUGCUGGAACCGUUCUUGCACUAGUUUCUUUUCUAGAAUCUGUUCAUGCAUCUGUUGCCACGUCAGAGGCACUCGAGGCACUUGCUAUUCUGUCCAGAUCAGAAGGAGCUACUGGAGAAACAAAACCUGCAUGGGCAGUUUUAGCUGAAUUCCCGAAAAGCAUAACCCCAAUAGUUUUAUCCAUUGCUGAUGCAGCACCCUUGUUGCAGGAUAAAGCUAUUGAAAUAUUAUCCCGACUUUGCAGAGAUCAGCCUGAUGUAUUGGGGGACACAGUUGCUACUGCCUCUGGAUGUAUAUCAUCAAUCACUAAAAGGGUGAUCAAUUCAACUAAAUCAAAGGUUAAAAUUGGAGGAACUGCACUCCUUAUUUGUGCUGCAAAAGUUAGUCAUCAGAAGGUUACGGAAGAUCUUAGCGAAUCAAACUUAUGUACCCAUCUCAUUCAAUCUCUUGUUGCAAUGCUUACUUCUUUGGGAAACCCAGGGGAUGAUGACAAUGACUCCAUUAGCAUUUAUAGGCGUAGUAAAGAAGUAACAAAGAAUGAUGAAUCUAAUUCAACCACAGGAGUUAUUUAUGGUGUUAAUUUAGUUAUGUGGCUUCUGUCUGUUCUCGCCUGUCAUGAUGAAAGGUGCAAAAUUGUGAUUAUGGAGGCUGGGGCGGUGGAAGUUCUCACAGACAGGAUCUCAAAUUGUUUUUCACACUACUCUCAGAUUGAGUUUAAAGAAGAUAGUAGCAUAUGGAUUUAUACUUUGCUGCUGGCAAUCUUAUUUCAAAAUAGAGAUAUCAUACGAGCACACGCAACCAUGAAAUCUAUACCAGUACUUGCAAACUGGUUGAGGUCAGAGGAGUUGACCACCAGAUAUUUUGCUGCUCAGGCAAUGGCCAGCCUAGUCUGUAAUGGUAGCAGGGGUACUCUUUUAUCUGUUGCAAAUUCUGGAGCAGCAGGCGGGCUCAUUUCCCUACUUGGCUGUGCCGAUGUUGAUAUAAAUGAUCUUUUGCAGUUGUCAGAAGAGUUUGGUUUAGUGCGUUAUCCUGAGCAGGUUGCUCUUGAGAGGUUGUUCAGAGUUGAAGACAUAAGAGUUGGUGCUACUUCUAGAAAAGCAAUACCUGCACUUGUUGAUCUUCUCAAACCAAUUCCAGAUCGUCCUGGAGCACCAUUUUUAGCACUUGGUCUUCUGACUCAACUUGCAAAGGACUGUCCGUCAAAUAAGAUUGUAAUGGUAGAAUCAGGAGCUUUGGAAGCACUGACUAGGUAUCUCUCACUUGGUCCUCAAGAUGCAACUGAGGAAGCUGCUACAGAUCUGUUAGGUAUACUAUUUGGCAGUGCUGAGAUAAGGAGACACGACUCUUCAUUUGGUGCUGUCAGUCAACUUGUGGCAGUUUUACGGUUAGGCGGAAGAGCUUCCAGGUAUAGUGCUGCUAAAGCAUUGGAAAGCUUAUUUUCUGCUGAUCAUAUAAGGAAUGCAGAAAGUGCUCGGCAAGCCGUUCAACCCUUGGUGGAGAUUCUUAAUACUGGUUCUGAGAGGGAGCAGCAUGCUGCAAUUGCUGCGUUGGUGAGGUUGCUGAGUGAAAAUCCAUCAAGAGCCUUAGCAGUUGCAGAUGUUGAAAUGAAUGCAGUAGAUGUUCUUUGCAAGAUUCUUUCAUCAAAUUGCUCAAUGGAGCUGAAAGGGGAUGCUGCCGAGUUGUGUUGUGUUCUGUUUGGAAAUACAAGAAUCAGGUCGACAAUGGCUGCAGCUCGAUGUGUGGAGCCUCUGGUGUCUCUUCUUGUUACUGAGUUCAGUCCUGCGCAGCAUUCAGUUGUCCGAGCGUUGGAUAAACUUGUUGAUGAUGAGCAACUUGCAGAGCUUGUUGCUGCUCAUGGUGCAGUUGUUCCUCUUGUUGGCCUCCUCUAUGGUAAGAAUUACUUGCUCCACGAAGCUAUUUCCAGAGCCCUUGUGAAGUUAGGGAAAGACAGGCCUGCUUGUAAGAUGGAAAUGGUGAAAGCUGGAGUGAUUGAGAGCAUACUUGACAUCCUCCAUGAGGCACCCGAUUUUCUCUGUGCUGCUUUUGCAGAACUGCUCCGAAUAUUGACCAACAAUGCAAGCAUUGCUAAGGGACCGUCUGCUUCAAAAGUUGUUGAGCCCCUUUUUAUGCUGCUAACAAGACCAGAAUUUGGACCUGACGGGCAGCAUAGUGCACUACAGGUUCUUGUCAACAUUUUGGAGCAUCCACAGUGUCGUUCUGACUAUAGGUUGACAUCCCACCAAGCUAUUGAACCAAUUAUCCCCCUGCUUGAUUCUCCUGCUCCUGCAGUACAACAGUUGGCUGCUGAGCUUCUAUCACAUUUACUCUUUGAAGAACAACUUCAAAAGGAUUCAGUGACUCAGCAAGUGAUUGGUCCUCUCAUACGGGUUCUUGGCUCUGGUAUACACAUAUUGCAGCAGAGAGCUGUGAAGGCCCUUGUUAGUAUUGCGCUAAUAUGGCCAAAUGAAAUUGCUAAAGAGGGUGGUGUCACUGAACUGUCCAAGGUGAUAUUGCAAUCAGAUCCAUCUCUUCCUCAUGCUUUGUGGGAAUCGGCUGCUUCCGUUUUAUCAAGUAUUCUGCAGUUUAGUUCUGAAUUUUAUUUGGAAGUGCCUGUUGCUGUGUUGGUAAGGUUGCUUCGUUCUGGCUCAGAAAGCACAGUAGUUGGUGCAUUGAAUGCUCUUCUGGUACUGGAAAGUGAUGAUGCAACCAGCGCAGAAGCAAUGGCUGAAAGUGGUGCUUUAGAGGCUCUUUUGGAACUUCUCAGAUCUCAUCAGUGUGAGGAAACUGCUGCAAGGCUGUUGGAAGUAUUGUUGAACAAUGUGAAGAUCAGAGAAACUAAGGCUACCAAGUCUGCCAUAGUACCAUUGUCUCAGUACCUCUUGGAUCCACAAACCCAAGCUCAGCAAGCGAGGUUGCUAGCAACUCUAGCUCUUGGUGAUCUCUUCCAGAAUGAAGGCCUUGCUCGAAGUGCUGACGCUGUAUCUGCUUGUCGUGCACUAGUAAAUGUGCUUGAAGACCAACCUACUGAAGAAAUGAAAGUUGUAGCGAUAUGUGCUUUGCAAAACCUUGUGAUGUACAGUCGGUCCAAUAAAAGAGCCGUUGCUGAGGCUGGUGGUGUUCAGGUUGUGUUGGAUCUGAUUGGUUCAAGUGAUCCAGAAACGUCCAUUCAGGCUGCAAUGUUUGUUAAACUUCUCUUUUCAAAUAAUACCAUUCAAGAGUAUGCUUCUAGUGAGACAGUAAGGGCCAUUACUGCUGCUAUCGAAAAGGAUUUAUGGGCAACUGGAACUGUGAAUGACGAGUAUCUGAAAGCUCUGAAUUCUCUUUUUAGCAAUUUCCCACGUCUUAGAGCCACGGAACCUGCAACGCUAAGCAUUCCUCAUCUUGUUACAUCCCUCAAGACAGGGUCAGAGGCAACUCAAGAAGCUGCCUUGGAUGCACUCUUUCUUCUUAGGCAAGCCUGGUCGGCAUGCCCCGCGGAAGUUUCUAGGGCUCAGUCAAUUGCUGCAGCCGAUGCGAUUCCCUUGCUGCAAUACUUAAUUCAGUCCGGCCCACCUCGGUUUCAGGAGAAGACAGAAUUUUUGUUACAAUGUUUGCCAGGGACACUGGUGGUCAUAAUCAAACGUGGAAAUAAUAUGAAACAGUCAGUGGGAAACCCUAGUGUUUAUUGCAAGAUUACACUUGGCAACACUCCACCUAAGCAAACUAAGGUUGUUUCAACUGGCCCUAAUCCAGAAUGGGAUGAAACCUUUUCGUGGUCCUUUGAGAGUCCCCCGAAAGGCCAGAAGCUCCACAUAUCUUGCAAGAACAAGAGCAAAAUGGGAAAGAGUUCAUUCGGAAAAGUUACCAUCCAGAUUGAUCGGGUAGUAAUGCUGGGAGCCGUUGCCGGUGAGUACACUCUGUUGCCAGAAAGCAAAAGUGGGCCUUCACGGAAUUUAGAAAUAGAGUUCCAGUGGUCUAACAAGUAA